UGUCAGUGCGUCCGGUCCGGUAUUUCCGUCACCGCCACUGUGUCCGCAGUCUCUUGGUCAUCCCCUGUACUGUCUGCAGUCUCUGGUCCUCCCCUGUACUGUCUGCAGUCUCUGGUCAUCCCCUUUACUGUCUGCAGUCUCUGGUCAUCCCCUGUACUGUCUGCAGUCUCUGGUCAUCCCCUGUACUGUCUGCAGUCUCUGGUCAUCCCCUGUACUGUCUGCAGUCUCUGGUCAUCCCCUGUACUGUCUGCAGUCUCUGGUCAUCUCCUGUACUGUCUGCAGUCUCUGGUCAUCUCCUGUACUGUGUCCGCUGUCUCUGGUCAUCUGUACUGUGUCCACAGUCUCUUGUCAUUCCCUGUACUGUGUCCGCAGUCUCUUGUCAUCUCUUGUACUGUGUCCGCAGUCUCUGGUCCUUCUCAUGUGCUGUGUCCGCAGUCUCUGGUCCUUCUCCUGUGCUGUGUCCGCAGUCUCUGGUCCUUCUCCUGUGCUGUGUCCGCAGUCUCUGGU